AUGUCAGGGACUCCGCAGAAGCUUUGGCCUGGGGCUACACAGUCUCCGGCACAAGCCAGUAUGAACGUUUUCUGCAACACGGCGCAGAAGGCUAUGGAAAAGGGGCGGCGUAUCCUAAAAAAGCUCGAAGGGAAAUUGGAAGAGUCCACUCUAAAGGCCCCUGAGUUUGCAUAUCACAAAGUACGCACUCUACCAGGGCGUAAUAGCUCGCUUUGA